CUUUGCACGCACUAAUUGUAUUGUAUACAUAGUAACGAAAGCUUUAGGACCGUCAGAAGUGAAAUAUCAUCCUGUGACUCCCUCCCGAGAUUCGAAAUUCCUUCUUCUUUUCUUUUCCCAUCUCUUCACAUCUGAUUAUAGUAGUAGACUCUACCUAGGUCUCAAAACAUACCAUUUGACUAUUGUCAACCUUUUACUUCGAAAUAUUCGAAGACUUACACUCUUUACCCCCUGACUCUUUGAGCUAGACAUCGUCGACCUAGGUGCCUAGACUCAGAAAGCAGGUUUCCACUCCCACCACCAUACUACCUAUCCAUACUAUCAAACGUUGGCGGUUAACAUCCCUCCCCUUCCGUUAGCCUACUUCGCUUUUAUACUGUUAUUAUUAUUAUCAUUAUACCCGAAUUGUAGCUAUAUUAUCCAACCCACAUCGGAGUUGGCGUUACUUAUCACCUUUUACGACGGAACUUGGUGCUUACCUGUAAACCCACGUUUGCUCGAAGCCACCAAAUCGCCAAGUCGCCAAUCUGACCAACCUGCAUCGUAUCCAUUCCCUCGGCAUCGCUAAUCGCGUAACCAACAACAACAUGUCGUAUAUGUCCGGUAUCAACUCUUCCACUUCCCUUAUGGGUUUCUCUGUCCAUCAGCCUGCCAUUGGCGCCCCUUUGCAGUUCUUCCCUGCCAUGGGGUCCAAGCAGUUGGACGAGAUGAUCGACGCUUAUGUUCCUGGGGAUGCUUCAAUCCUCGAUAAGCGUGCUACCGUCUCUAUGGAAUUCUUCGAGCACAGCAUGGCGACCGGCGAACUUUUCAAAUUCUUCAUGGUUUACCCUGCCCUUGGCUCUGCUACUGAAUCGCCUAGUAUAGCCUUGGCUGAUUCCGGCUACGUCUCCAACUUCACAUCUCCUGUUAUGUCCGAGAGCCAAUGGACUCAAGCUAGCAAUAUUUCUUCGUCUAGCGAACACAGGACCCAAAAGCCGUCUCCCAAGAACACGGCUCUAUCCAAUGAUUUCUCACAUCUUCCUGGUAUGAAGAUUUUAACCAAGGAUGGAAAGGACGUCACCAAUUCGGCUUCCCGUGGCUGCAAAACAAAAGAGCAACGUGACCACGCCCACCUAAUGCGUAUCAUCAAGGCUUGCGAUUCUUGCCGGAGAAAGAAGGUGCGUUGUGACCCGAGUCACAAGCGGUCGUCCGGUUCUUCUGCAGCCAGAACAGCCAAGAAGACGAAGAAGACCGCUGCACCGUCCGUCCCAGCAUCGGCACCUCCACCACAAACAACAUUAGAAUCUUCAGGGCAACCUUUAUAUAUGCCAUCAUUCGACAUUGCACACUUAUCUGGUUCAUCUUUUGACUCCGUCAUGUCGGAGUCGCUAGUUGAUCCUACUAUGGACUGGGAUCAGUUCGUUCAGUACGACGAGGAGCCAUUCGAGGCCAUUCCAUACGACUACGACUUCUUCUUUGACCCUGCGGGCCACCUCACACCAACAUCAUCCAACUCAUACUCGUCGCCAUCUCAACCAAUUACUCCAGCUCAAAUGGCAGGCCUCGAGAACACGGCAGUUGGUCUAACAGAAGAUGCCCAGGCAGUACUACCACCUUAUCUAAACCCAGGUGGCGAGGCUGGCAACAAUUACGCCGACUUCAACCUAUACUCACCAGGUUCUUCAGUUUACCUAGAUGAUGACCCUAGCCUAAGUAAGGAAGUUGCAGCAUUGCCACAACCUGAGAGUUCAAGACGCCUAGACAAUCAACAACUAUUUGACUUCCACAGGCGGAAGAAUAUUACAGACCAAGACCAAGACCGGGAUCGGGAUGCUCAACUAGAUGUAUCUGUAAAUGCAGAUCACCAAGUAUCACCCGUCUCACGAGAACAGGCAUCACUGCCAACCGGCCUAGAUACAUCAUCAUACCACGAGGGAAUAUUCGACGCUCCGAUCCAAUCCCUUGUUGUAGCACAGGGUGACAGCGGGCAGAUUAGCCAAGUAUCCGGGUCGCGCGUUCCAGUUCCACCAGGUCUACCAAACCCAUUAACACCAGUAAGGACAGGCGAACCACGGCCGCAACCGUGGACCUCACCAUUGCCAACUGGAGUGGGCGUACCAUCCUCUCGACUACACGAAUCUCAGCUUGGAUCAUCUUCACCUUCCACCGGUCUAAGAAAAGCCAGUCAGAACCUUGCAGAAUGGCACAGUCGGCAAGACUCGGUUGCUAUGCUGACGAGUAGUAGUGGUACGUGGUGUACCACAUCUAUGAGCUCAGCAGCACUCGAGGCCAUGACAGAAUUGUCUUCGACAAGCCAGUCACGUCGCGAGCCCGGCAAACUUCCACAAACCAACACGACUACUAUCAAUACCGGAGAACCGAUAUAUUCUACUCUCGCCGAGCGCCGCACAGUAGAUACAGUCACUGCAUUUUCUUUGUCUCAAAAUAUACCGUCUUCCUGGUCUUCUGUCGCAGGACCAGAUCCAAAUGCCCGGGAUGCACCCACACGUCCUUCGUCCAGCAUUUCCAACCCGGCUUCCCAGAAUAUCUCAGCCUUGGGUGUUGCCGAGAAUGGUGGUGUUUCUGAUGCAGCUGUUCCAUCCGCUUCCUUGUCUAAGACGAGCCAGACAGUGCUCUCUUUGAGUGAUAACGGAAAGAACUAUGUAGAAAGGAGGCAGCUCCUUUCAGCAUCCUUAAACACGUCACAGUCACAAACCAGGUCGGAUAUGCAGAAUUGGUCCAAGAUAAUUGCGAAUGCAGUGGCAGCGUGCCUACUAGUGUUUGCAUAUGCAUCUUUGAGCGUGCUUCGUCAGUGGACACUUCUUAGCAAUAAAGCUGGAGAACUUCAAACCACCGGGAUCCUCGUGGGGUCUUUAUCCGUUGCUGUCGCUUACACUAUGUUGAGGCAACAUGGUAUGAGCAUGCUGGAUCUGGCCACACAAGUUCUUCCUUUCCCGAGACGACUCGCCAUUGGUACAAACACCGUCAAGUCAAGAUACUCUCAACUAUCAGAAGACAUCUCCCGGGUGCGCACCAACCUCGAAAGCAACUUCUCCCUGCACUCAUCUAGGAAGACUAAGGCCUUGGGCUACCGCAUGCGCCGCAUGACAAGUCUUGUCUGAUGAUGGUAUCUCUCGCCAUAUAAAUCAUUUCUACUACAUACUGUUAUGAUUAGCGCUUGGUCGCGCUUGUCAGGAAAAAUACAUUAAAUAUGAUACCCCAGGUUAGAAACAGAUGGUGGUGGAUUCGGAGUCGGAGUGGGCUUCUAGCUCCAUACAUGUUAGGUAGUUAAGGGAAGGAAGGUGGUUGAGGGUCGGACCAGCUAACGAUCUAUGAGAGGUAGUGUAUUCCGCGCCUACUUAGACCAAUAUGACACUUAACCGCUUUUUGUGAA